AUGACGGUGAGUGAGUCAGGACGAGUCUCAACUCAGGGAGUCUCUUUGCUCUGCUUGUCUCUACUGGUCUGGGUUGAGACGUCUCAUAAGUUGGACGAGCAGAGCAGGGAUCCACUAAUCCCUUCAGAGGGCAGGGAUCUUCUCUUCAGUGGAUCCGUUCUGAGGCGCCGCAAAGGGCGCUUUCUGAGGCGCCUUUUGAGGCGCCACAAAAGGGAUCCACUGGGCCCUUUGGUCUCCUGUUCUGCGGAUCCCUUCCCUUCCUCUGCUCCGCCACCCUCUUCCCUGGCAGCAGCGGCGGCACAGGAGGCGCUGAGGGUGGUGGAGCAUGGGGCGACCAUGCUGAGGGCGCAGGGCGGGGGGGAGGCGCAGGAGGGAUGUAACUGCGUGGUAUUCCUAUUCUUGAAUAUCAUCUGCUCGUUUCUUUCGUUUGUGCUGCUCUCCCCUGGCAGCAGCGGCGGCACAGGAGGCGCUGAGGGUGGUGGAGCACGGGGCGAGCAUGCUGAGGGCGCAGGGAGGGCAGGCAGCAGCGUCGCAGGCAGCACGGUUGCUCCGCUUCAAGGCGGCGCUGCACCUCAGAGUUCGACCAUGAGGGCAGCGCGGCUGCUGUGCUGCUUCAAGGCCGCGCUGCCCCUCAGAGUCCACGACAGCAGCGGAGCAGUGGAGGCAUUAGAGGAGGUGGCGGCAAUGGGGGAUGCGGGGCUGUGCGAGCGAGUUGGGGUGUUGGAAGAGGUGGUUCGGAUCCACCUCAGCGGCCAUGCAGACGCACAUGCUAUGGAGUCUGCCGGGAGAGCCGCUGCAUUGCUGCAACCACCAACACCCGCCCCAUCAGCAUCACCACCAUCCCCAUCAUCACCAUCAGCAUCAUCAUCAGCAGCACCACCGGGGCUGGCAUUCCUGCGCUUCCGAGUGCUCUGCUCCGUGGGGCUCGUGGAGCAGCUCUGCGGCCACAUUGCCACUGCUCGGGAGCACUUCCAGGAAGCAGACGAGCUCGAGCCGCUUGACUGCAACUCGGUGCCGACCACAGGGCUCGCCCGGCUGGCAAUGGCACUGCUCCUGCACUCCGUCGGCCAAUGGGAGCAAGCCACGUCAUACUACUCCCAGCUCAUCCAAUGCUUCACCGCACCUUCUCCCUCCUCACCCUCCUCACCCUCCUCCCCAUCCUCCUCCUCACCCACUGCAUCACCCACCGCAUCGUCCCUCACGCCCUCACUGCAUGCGGGGGCAGCAGUGCGUGUGGGGGCGCUAGCAGGCCUGGGGCAGCUGCUGCUGCUGCAAGGGGAUUUUAAAGGAGCAGAGGAGCAUUUCACGGAAGCUCUCAAAGAGGCUGAGGCCAUGGAUGAUACCUCAGACUUCAAUCCAAUGGUGGGAGCCGUGCUGUCCCUGCUGGGCGACACAUAUGCUCAGAGAGGCCGGCUGCAGCACACAGGGGAGGGCAUGAUUGCUGAGGGCCUCUUUCGCCGGGCGCUGGCACUCCUGGGGGCGGCACAGUGGGACAAUCUGGAUCACAGGCUGUCGCUGCUCGCAGGGGCAAAUGGCUUGGCUGCAGAUCAAGACCCAGACGAAGAGCAGCUAAAGGAUCGGAAGAAUCGAGUGCUGCAGCUGGACCUUAUUGCAAUCACCCUCGAGCGCUAUGCAGCUACCCUGCAUGCCUUCCCCAUGCGGGCUAGUGAGGCGCAGAGCAUGAGUGCUGCCGCCCACCACCUCUGGCGCUCCCCCCUCUCCCUCCACUCAGCCGUCACCUCUUCUCGAGUACCUGCUGCUGCUUUCGAGCCCACAGAACAUUCAAUUGUUUGUGCCGCUGACAAUCCUAGUGCUUCGUCCGGAUCUGUUUCGGCGAAUGACUCGGUUCAUGCAUCGCAUUUCUCGCUGCCUGCACCGGUGGUCGAUGUGACGACUGGCAGGGUGCUGCUGUCGUGA